AUGUGGUUGUGGAAAUGCAAAUUUAAACGAUUCCCCGGGAUUUCAAUUGCGAAAUCCUCUUUGUUAUGUCCCAGACGACAGGCAAUGAUUUGUCUAACCACUCUAGGGAAGCGAGGUUUGACAGAUGAUGCGCUCAAGAGGGCGGUUCUUCAAAGCAUCCAACUGAAAUAUCCAAAUAGAAGUAUCGGUAAUCCCGAAAUCCAUUUUGGAAGAAAGAAGUCCCACGCAUUACGUAAUCUUGGAAUAUUGUUAGCAUCAGGGUUGGUAUCGAUAUCAGGGUACGUUUAUUAUAAAGUUUUAUACCUCGGAGAAACGGUACUGAUCCCAUUGAAAAUCGAGUUUUUAUCGCAGAAUUCUUACGUCAUUAACCAUCAGAUGCUCAAUGGGAAAAAUGCCAAUAACGCUAAAGAUGAUAGAGCCAGCAGUUUGAAUGAUCUUGUGAUCUUGGUGGAUCGAAAUAAUCGCACCAAGACCAAGACCGUUGAUUUGGGGUUGUUGGAAAGCUUGAUUGACUAUUACUUGAUUGAAGAAUUGACAAGAAACCAGUAUAUCCAGGAUAAUUUUAAACUUCCAAUAAACUUGGAAGAAUUCAAAUUUAGCAAGAACCAAUUCACAUUACAAUUGUUCUAUAAUGACGAUGCAGGAGAUGACACCACGGGGGUAAUUGGGAAGGAGCACCACCACCACGAGAAAAAACUGUGGUUAAAACGAUGUGUUGAUGCUCAAAUAUUGAAAGUGAGUUUUUUAGAGAUCAAAAUUGACGAGACUCUUAAUAAGACGGUAUUGGGGUUGACGUAUGAAUGGAAGGACGUGUAUAAACGAAUGGAUUUGCGAAAUACCAGGAUCUUUGGAUUUGUUAAUUCGCUUUUCGAUCUCGCGAAAUCAGGGAUGGAAAGUCCCACUGAUGAAUUGAUCCUGGUGGACGAUGAAAAUGACUUUGCGUACCGAAAAAACAAGUACUCAAAUAUUGUAAUUGUUGGGUCGGUAGGUCUAGUUGGUAAUAACUUGGAUGAGAAGUAUAGAUUGCAAUUCAAAUGCUAUUAUGAUGAUGAGCAUCGAUACCAACUCAAGAUCCUGACGGCAUCAUUGAUUGAUGUAAAUAAUAACGUCAUAAACUUGUGGUGA